GUGCUCUCCUUUCAUUAAAAUCCACUGUAAUCUGUGAACGUAAAGAGGAUGAGGACAAUUCGCCAGUGAUUCCGCAGCUGAAGCCAGCAUGGCAUACUGCAGCAGCAGAAGUAAAGGCGCUGGCGUGGAGCAGGGGGUUCCCAGUAUCCGCACGCGGCUUUCAUGUACAUAGGUGUUCUCUAACACAACUAUACAUACUGCUUGACAGAUUUCCACAAGAAAAAUGGCGUGUCAUAUUUCUUGAAUCAUUAUGAACUUUGUGACUGAUUCAUACUAUCCGAUUUCUCUGAAAGUUUUCACAGUCGCUGUAUAGGAUGGCGUCUCUCGCCUACUUGAGGACUAAUGUAAACCAUAUGAUUAGCGUCGGGCUUGUAUAAACAGGCCUAAUUAUUGAUGGUGUGCUCAUCCUUAUUGUCCAGUUCCUCAGCUGGAAUAUUAACACAAAUCUGGACACGGUACCAAGCUACAAGUUGAUCACUAUGAACCCAGAGCAAGUGAUACUGACGGAUGAGCAGGUAGCAGAAUUCAAGGAAGCGUUUACGUUGUUUGACAAGGAUGGCGACGGAACUAUUACAACAAGUGAACUAGGAACGGUGAUGCGAUCCCUAGGUCAGAACCCCACGGAGUCCGAGCUCCAAGACAUGAUAAAUGAGGUGGAUGCGGACGGUAACGGCACCAUAGACUUUGAGGAAUUCCUACAUAUGAUGGCGAGGAAGAUGAAGGAGACAGACAGCGAGGAAGACCUUCGGGAAGCCUUCCGAGUGUUCGAUAAAGACGGAAAUGGCUACAUCAGUGCUGCGGAACUUCGCCACGUGAUGACAAAUCUAGGAGAAAAGCUGACAGAUGAAGAGGUUGACGAGAUGAUCAAGGAGGCAGACUUAGAUGGUGACGGGAUGGUGAAUUACGAAGAUUUUAUGGGCUAUACCACUGAAUUACUUACCCAGAUAAAGUGAAGGCGGUACCAUACAACUGUAGAACACACUACAGUGUAACACUCCGUAGUUAAGCUCUUCAGCAACUGGACAUGCUAAGAUAUGUUACUUCGGGUAAUGUGUUUAUAGUUCUCUGCCAUGUCGAAGGUGUAAGACAUCCUUUGGGUGUGUCGACACAUACUUUUUGUGAUAACUAAAGGAUUGAGGGAUCUGUCUUUCAGAACAUUGUGCAAUUCGAACUUACGAUUAUCAACAUAUUUUAUAUAUAGUUUGAGUAAGAGGCACUGACGUCAUAUAUAGUUUGAGUAAGAGGCCCUGACGUCACGGUGUGAUUCGAUGAUGGUUACAACGUAAAACGUUAGUUGACUAGUCGAUGCCCAUGCAGAGGAUAUGAUGGUACUGAAAAGUAAGACGAAAAGUAUCCGUGGCCACAAUAUAUAUAUAGAUUUAGUGGUCACCAUGUAACAAUGGGUGGUUGUCAUGGAGACGAUAUCAAUAGUGACUGUAUAUUUGGCCACAGUAUAGAUGUAGUGAAAGUGGUUACCUUGUAAACGGUUGGUAGUAGUUGCUAUGGAGACAAAGGUUGGUUACUCUACAAUAGAUAGCUGAUAUUUAUAGAUACAUGUGAUGGUAUUGUUGAUGGAUGAGAUAAGAAACGCAUGUUGACUCCAUUUUUAUACUGUCGAACUUAUUUAUUUACAUUUGAUACUUUUUCACACCAUUUUACAUGUGGAUUUAUGUCAAUCUUUCCUAAAUCAAAAUGUAUAUAUUUAUGUGUAACCAAAAUGAUAGCACUGUAAAUACAAAGAAUUGUUAUAUCGAGUAUUUUGUUGGAGGUAUUUUUGUAGAUGAUUGUAAGACUCACUUGUAUAGGUAAUCUAUAUACUGUAGUCACUGAAAUCUAAUGGUGCUUGUAUAAUAGCUGCACGUGCUUCAUUUAAAGAAAAAUUCGUUUUAUAUUACACUUUACUUGUCCAAUAAAUGUUUCCACUCAGCCAAAUCAUGUUGUAUAAACAAUCAUGGCACUGUUCAACAAAGUUAUAUUGUCGAAAUGGCUUAUCUAUACCCUACAAAGUCAGUUUCUAUCGUACUUAUUGUAUAGUCUUUAAAAUAAACAGUAAAACAAAAGCAACAGGGUAACAUCGAAUUCAUCUGUUCAAAUGAUAUUUAACUUCACUUACCACAUCUCUUACACAAGUAUACCUACUGAGAUGUAUCAAAUUACCGCACUCUUCAUGUAUUCCGAGUUGAUCUCUUGUCAUCCAUUUCCACACUCUUAUGAAUUCUGAGUUGUUUUUUGUGCCCCUUUACCGCACUCGUCAUGUAUUCCGAGUUGAUCUCUAGUACCCGUUUUCCGCACUGUACAUGUGCUCUAGGGUGUUUUGUUCUCUUCUAACCCUUUACAACACUAUUCCUGUACUAUGAGUUUUUCUGUUGUAUCCGUUUACCGCACUCGUCAUGUGUUCUGAGUUGUUUUCUUGUACCCGUUUACCGCACUCGUCAUGUAUUCUGAGUUGUUAUCUUGUGCCCUUUUACCGCACUCUUCAUUUAUUCUGAGUUUUUACUUGUCUCCCUUUACCGCACUCUUCAUGUACUCUGAGGCGUUCUGUUGUACCCAUUUACCGCACUCUUCAUAUACUCUGAGGCGUUCUGUUGUACCCAUUUACCGCACUCGUCAUGUAUUCUGAGUUGUUUUCUUGUGCCCUUUUACCGCACUCGUCAUGUCUUCUGAGUUGUUAUCUUGUGCCCGUUUACCGCACUCGUCAUGUCUUCUGAGUUGUUAUCUUGUGCCCUUUUACCGCACUCGUCAUGUCUUCUGAGUUGUUAUCUUGUGCCCGUUUACCGCACUCGUCAUUAAUUCUGAGUUUUUACUUGUCUCCCUUUACCGCACUCGUCAUUUAUUCUGAGUUGUUAUCUUGUGCCCUUUUACCGCACUCGUCAUGUCUUCUGAGUUGUUAUCUUGUGCCCGUUUACCGCACUCGUCAUUUAUUAUGAGUUUUUACUUGUCUCCCUUUACCGCACUCGUCAUUUAUUCUGAGUUUUUACUUGUCUCCCUUUACCGCACUCGUCAUUUAUUCUGAGUUGUUAUCUUGUGCCCUUUUACCGCACUCGUCAUGUAUUCUGAGUUGUUUUCUUGUGCCCUUCACCACUCUCGUCAUGUAUUCUGAGCUGUUUUCUUUUACCCGUUUUCCGCACUGUACAUGUGUUCUUUUUUUUAUAAUGCAUUGACGUACUGUAAUUUUUUUUCUAACAAUUCUGUUCAUUUUUACCCACGGUAUUGUACUUAAUGGUAAAGUUUCUAGAACGGACCCCAUCACCAUAUUGCACAUUUUUAGAACGUAUAUCAUUAUUAAUUAAUUAACAUACUAAUAUCAAUGGCAUGGCAAUGCUAUAGCGAAAAAAGAUUUAAAAAGGUUACAACAACAUGCAUGCAUCACUGUUACCCUGGUCAUGGAAAAAUAUACCACUACCGGGGUAAACACACUACGAUGAGAAGAAAGUCGUCUAGCUGCCAAUUAAAUCCAAGGAAUAUAAGUUCAUGAAGAGUUACAUGUAUGUGUGUCAGACGUUAUAGCAGUGAUUUCCACUUAAAACAUUUUGUUGAUAAUAGCCUUGUUUAAUGCCUUGAGUAAAGCCUUGGGUAAAGUCUUGGGUAAAGCCUUGGGUAUAGCCUUGUUUAAAGCCUUGGGUAAAACUUUGGGUAUAGCUUUGAGUAAAGCCUUGGGCUAAGUCUUGGGUAAAGUCUUGGGUAAAGCCUUGGGUAUAGCCUUGUUUAAAGCAUUGGGUAAAACUUUGGGUAUAGCCUUGAGUAAAGCCUUGGGCAAAGUCUUGGGUAAAGUCUUGGGUAAAGCCUUGGAUAUAGCCUUGUUUAAAGCCUUGGGUAAAACUUUGGGUAUAGCCUUGAGUAAAGCCUUGGGCAAAGUCUUGGGUAAAGUCUUGGGUAAAGCCUUGGAUAUAGCCUUGUUUAAAGCCUUGGGUAAAACUUUGGGUAUAGCCUUGUUUAAAGCCUUGAGUAAAGCCUUGGGUAAAGUCUUGGGUAAAGCCUUGGGUAUAGCCUUGUUUAAAGCCUUGGGUAAAACUUUGGGUAUAGCCUUGAGUAAAGCCUUGGACAAAGUCUUGGGUAAAACUUUGGGUAAAGUCUUGGGUAAAGUCUUGGGUAAAACCUUGAGUAAAGCCUUGGACAAAGUCUUGGGUAAAACUUUGGGUAAAGUCUUGGGUAAAGUCCGGGGUAAAACCUUGGGCAAAGUCUUGGGUAAAGUCUUGAGUAAAUUAUUGUGUAUAGUUAACUCUUGUCCAUAUGACAUAGUAGUUAUUAUGGAAUCCAUAGAUAAACCCAUGAUUAUAUGAUUAUAUUGGGUAGAUGUAACCAAACUUACGAUAUGUAUAUAUUACGGUCCGGUUACGUGAUCACGUGUCUAUGUCUAUUUCUGUCAGUCAGACUAUUUAUCAGUCUGUAUGUGUUUUGUUUUCCUUUUCAUGUAUUUUGUCGUACUGUAUUCAACCUAGACUUUCAACUUCCUAAUAGAAUAUACCAGACUAUCACUUAUUUUAUACCAGAGUAUCACAUGGUUUAUACCAGACUAUCACUUAUUUUAUACCAGAGUAUCACGUAGUUUAUACCACAGUAUCACUGAUUAACAUUUAAACUAUUCCUUAACUUCACCAGCACGAGGGAAAUCACACAUUUUCUUCUUUUUUUUUCAAGCUACCACAAGUGAACCAAACCUAGGAAAUCCAUGUUUUUUUUCCUAUGAUAAGAUACUCGUAUUCGUGGUUUCUUACCAACACGACGAGUAUAGAUAUGUAUUGCCCAUUUGUCAAAUAGCUAUAGGUCACCCUAUCCUAUUGUAAAAUAGCUAUGUUUCGCCCCUAAGCUGUGAAACUACAGGCAGUAGUCUCCCCUUACCAAACAGCGCGAGGAUAAUAUAUAUUAUGCUAUUGUCAAAUAGCUAUGUUUCGCCCCUAAACUGUGAAACUACAGGCAGUGGUUUCCCCUUACAAAACAGCGCGAGGAUAAUAUAUAUUAUGCUAUUGUCAAAUAACUAUGUUUCGCCCCUAAGCUUUGAAACUACAGGCAGUAGUCUCCCCUUACCAAACAGCGCGAGGAUAAUAUAUAUUAUGCUAUUGUCAAAUAACUAUGGGUCGCCCCUAUGCUGUGAUACUACAGGCAGUAGUCUCCCCUUACCAAACAGCGCGAGGAUAAUAUAUAUUAUGCUAUUGUCAAAUAACUAUGGGUCGCCCCUAUGCUGUGAUACUACAGGCAGUAGUCUCCCCUUACCAAACAGCGCGAGGAUAAUAUAUAUUAUGCUAUUGUCAAAUAACUAUGGGUCGCCCCUAUGCUGUGAUACUACAGGCAGUAGUCUCCCCUUACCAAACAGCGCGAGGAUAAUAUAUAUUAUGCUAUUGUCAAAUAACUAUGGGUCGCCCCUAUGCUGUGAUACU